GUCAUGAUGACAGAGUUAAUGUAGAUCUUCCAAAGACACUUAACCCUUUCGCCACAAACCCAUAUUUCACCAUCUCACCCCUCACCACCAGCCUGUUUUUUAGCUGCAAUUGUUCAUAUACGAAACAAACCUUCGGUCUUAAAAUUAGGAUAAAUACUCAGCGCCAGCUGAAACUGGUAAAGUUUAAAAUAAUUGUGUACGCAAGGGACUAUUGACAUCUGUGCUUGGUCACGAGACAUGUAGGACCACCCACAUACCCCUCAUUAAUUCGUAACUCCGUCCUUUUAAACCCGGUUUAGUUUGACCCCUGUUGUUUUCAAUUUGUAGUUUGGAAUUCCCGGGUAUGUGAACAUGAAGCCUUCUCAUGCUGCGAGACUUCCUGGAUAUCACAAGAAGCAGAUAAACCCAUUGUUAUUUUCUUUGACGGUUUCGACGUCGAAGUACUCAUCGUGUAGUAAGUCGUAGGUGAAGAAACUCUUAAGGUACGGUUAAUUCGUUAUCUGUGCUUUGGAAUAUCGCAUAUUCAUAUGGAUUGCCUGUAAUCCAAAGCUUUGAUGUAUCUGGAUGUGCUUUGGGAAGUAAUUAUGACUAAUUGUGCUCCUUUCCCUGCGGGGAGAGGUGUGCAUCGCCAUCUUGUUUUCAUUCCAGAUAUGUGGGUAGAGAGGAUGCAGGUGUGCGGUCGGCGUUAGGCUUAUCAGGAGAACCAACCCAAGAAGAACAGUUGGUUUGAUGUAUAACGUUGUGUUGCCACCCAGGAUCCCUUUUAUCCUGACAUGCACUGAAUGGCGGUCGGAUGCGUCGCCAUCUGUAAAGAAGCAGAUAUGGCAACAAGGCAGCCUUUAAUGUCAGGUUGCUAUGACUACGAGAAUAACAACAGCCUUGCACUUCUGGUAGGGUGCUGGCUUCGCAUUCGAGUUGCUCAGUGACGUCAUAAACAUGGCGACCGCCAUGACGUCAUUUCACACCUGCGGCCUACACGAAGACAUGCUUACAUUUUCAUUUCGAGGUACAAGAGUACUUUACAACUAUGCUUUUGGAUUGGAGGUUUUUAAUGCACAUUGUUUUUGAGAGAAAUAACAAGCGUUAGGAGAUAUAAGUCACAUAAUGGAAAAGACACAAGUCUUACCUCUGUAUCCUUCCGCUUAGGCGUCAAGCUUAGGUGACUGGCUUUGAUGCCAGUGCGUUCUCCUGGCAAUCCUGGAAAAAUAGGGACUUUGUAGCUGAUCCUAGAGCCAAGAGUAGAAGUUUCUUCUCCAUCUUUGAGCCAGGAUUGCUACAUCCCUAUUAUAUGAAAGCACAAGAAGUAGUUUUAAUUGUCGAACAAGUGAAUGAUGGAAAGUUAAGUCUAGUGUGGCUGCUGUGAAGAGUUGGAAAAGGCUAGAAUCAGGGACUUCAUGACUGAUCCUCGUGCCAAGAGGAGAAGAAUAAUUUCUUCAUCUUUAAGCCAGGACUGUCACAUCCUUGUAAAGUAGAAAUGCCACAGAAGGUUGGGUCUCUUGAUCUUGGCUGCAAGAGUACCAUAAACAGCCUCACACUUCCAUCAAGCGUGUUGACGUCAUAGCCAAGACCGCUUGCAAAUGGCGGUAGUCAUGACAUCACAGCCUACUGAUUCUUGAUGUACUUCGCUGCCUCUAGAACCUAAUACGCAUUCUGACUCAUUGGUACACAGUAAUGAAGAAUAACCAGGAUCUAGAGGUGAAAAUGGCUAAGUAAGACAAAAAGAAAAGGCAUGAUUCGUUUUCCUCUUCGUCUUCUUCUCCAGAUGGUGUCAUAGCUAAGUUUGAUGGCAUCACUGAGUGUACCAGUCAAGCGUUGGAGGAUACGGGAUUUCGUGACUGAUCCUUGGGACAAGAGGAGAAGAGUAAAUUCUUCUUCAUCUUUGAACCAGGACUGUCACAGCCCAAUCAGCAAGAAAAUCAAGAAGUCAGUGGCUGGUAAGCUCAAAGCAAUUGGACGAAGCCGUUUACAAGAGUCCGAACGAGCGAAAGUGUCGACUGUCACUGGGCUAGCGGCCGACGUGGAGUUGCCAGUGGUGACUACAAAGAGUCUAAGAGAGACUACAAUGCCGUUGCUUAACUUGAUGCAUACGCCGAUGCUUUUACAAAUGUUUUCCAUGGACUCUAGAUGUCAGAGUAAUAAAAUAUGAUAAAAUUGCUCUCAUAUUUGUAUAUAGGAUUGCAAACAGAUACCUUCUCAAAUCCUACUGAGUAUAAUAUUUUCAAGAUCGAGCCAUCAGCGGCCAUUAAAGAUCAAAGGUGCCGAGGCCGUAUGGUUGGACGACCAUGAUGCAUGCAAACAGAUACCUUCUCAAAUCCUACUGACUAUUCGGGAUUGGACCAUCAGUGGCCAUUAACCCUUUAACGCUGAUUGGACGUAUUAAACGUCGACGAAAAUUGUCUGUCGGGUGCCGAACCGACGUAUGGUAUGUCGACGAAAAAAAGUUUUUUAAAAAUUUGCAGAAUAAUAGUUACAGGCCUACUGGUCGAAAAACGCAACUGUAAGCUAAAACUCUUAUAUUUUAGAAAUAUUCAAUCAUUUACCUUCAUUUUGCAACAAAUUGUAAGUCUCUACCACAAUAUUUUGAUUUAUGGUGAAUUUAUGAAAAAAAACGUUUUCCUUACGUCCGCGCGGUAACUCUUCCGAAAAAAAUCAUACGUACGAUUGUGGUAAUGUUUGCAUCAUUUUAAAUUAGCCGUUACAUAAAGUUUUAUAUAUGGAAAUGUGCGCAAUUUCAUGCACAAUACAACUAAAAACAACCCAUGGUUGUAGCUUUUAUCAGUUUUGAAAUAUUUUCAUAUAAAAAAUAUUAAGUGACAAAUUUUCAACCUUCUGUCAACUUUGACUCUACCAAAAUGGUUGAAAAAUGCAAUUGUAAGCUAAAACUGUUAUAGUCUAGUAAUAUUCAAUCAUUUACCUUCAAUUUGCAACAAAUUGGAAGUCUCUAGCUCAAUAUUUAGAUUUAUGGUGAAUUUAUGAAAAAAAAUAACAUUUUCCUUACAUCCGCGCGGUAACUUCCAAAAAAAUCAUACGUGCGAUUGUGGUAAUGUUUGCACCAUUUUAAAUUAGCCGUUACAUAAAGUUUUAUAUAUGAAAAUGUGCGCAAUUUCAUGUAGAAUACAACAAAAAAUAAUUGAAGGUUAUAGCUUUUCUCAUUUUCGAAAUAUUUGCAUAUAAAUCACGAUCAAUAGAAAAAAAACCACGUUCGGUCAACUUUGACUCUACCGAAAUGGUCUAAAAACGCAAUUGUAAGCUAAAACUCUUACAGUCUACUAAUAUUCAGUCAUUUAUCUUCAUUUUGAAACAAAUUCGAAGUCUCUAGCACAAUAUUUAGAUUUAUGGUGAAUUUAAAAAAAAAACUUUCCUUCCCUCCGCGCGCGGAUUCUCCGCCGCAAAUCUCUGAAAUGCGUACAUCGCAUUCUCGGAAUAUUUGCUCCAUUUUAUAUUAGGCAUUUCAUAGAGUUUUAUAUAUGAAAAUGUGCACAAUUUCAUGUAGAAUAAAACUAAAAAUAUUGUAAGGUUAUAGCUUUUCUAAUUUCCGAAAUAAUUGCAUAUAAAAAAAAUUCGACAUUCGGUCAACUUUAACUCGUCAGAUAUGGUCGAAAACUGCAAUUGUAAGCUAAUACUCUUACAGUAUAGUAAUAUUCAAUCAUUUGUCUUCAUUUUGAAACAAAUUGGAAGUCUCUAGGACAAUAUUUAGAUUUAUUGUGAAUUUUUGAAAAAAAUAUUUGUUUAUGUCCGCGCGUUACGAAUUCAUGCAUCAUUUUGUGAUAAUAUUUUCUCUGUGUUGCUUUUAUCGUUUUUCAAUGUGUUAUAUACCAAAAUGAUUGCAAUUUAGUGUACAUUACAAUGAAAAAAAAAGAACUCGUUACCUUUAACCGUUUUGCGGAUAGCGCGAUUUGAAUACAAUUAUAUAUGAAAUUUUGUUUUCGCGCUAUCAUAUAUCGCAUUAUUUAUAUAUAUAAUAACAAUUUUUUCCAUUUCUGAUGGUUGCAUACUAAACUUCAGGCAAUGACAAAAAAAGGAGCCAAAAAUGAACUCUUAAUCUUGAAAACUAAGCGCGCUGUGAUUUUUUGAAAAAAAUAUUUUUUCCGCUUCCGCACUCACUCCGAGACCCCCCCCCCCCCCCAGCACACAGAAGACAAUUUUUAAUAUACCCCUUCGGCGUUUAAGGGUUAAAGAUCAAAGAUGCCACGGCGGUAUGGUUGGACGGCCAUGAUGCACCCGGACGUUUGUCAGCAGGUAGGAGUGAGUUAACGUCUCCUGUGGCUGAACACAGUGCGUCAGAACUGGAGGGAAGAGAAAACCAAGAGUUUCAGGCUUCGUAUGAGGAGAUGAUUGAUUUGAUUAGUCAAUUCAAUAACUUUUCGGGGAGCAUGGAGACACCUGCCAGCAUGCUUCCCCUGGGGGUUGACAUGGUGUUUGGUUUGAAAAAGGAUACAAAAGUGUAUGAAUUACCUUGUUCUAGUCAUGUAGAGUCCAUUUUACAACAUGUAAAAUGCACAGCUUGAUGGAAGGAUAUGGAUACCUCUUAGUAAUCGUAUGCAGCCUGAAUGAUGGGAAGUAGCAUACUUUGGGUUGACUCCAGAAAACUUCAAACCUUUACAGGUAAGGAGAAUUCCCGUGUUUUAUAUACGUACUUGUUGGUAUAAGCUGGUUUCUUCCUAUAAGAAUAUUGACCAAACGCUUCGACUCUUACAAGUAGUUAAAGUUAAUUGAAAGCUUGAUUCCUUUGAAAGUACUGUAGAACCAUUCUUCUUAAUGAAAUCGAAUGGGAACUUAAGUCGAAAGAAAGAGGUGAAUGUCUUUCUUUCGUCACUUAAGGUAGCCAAGCCUAAGUAGGGCACUUGUAACCUAAGAUGCUAUAGCCAGGAUAAUUGGGUCAUACAUUUUAGCCUAACAAGUGAUUAUAUUCGUAGCCUAUUCCAGCCAGUGAGUCUACUGCUACUAUCUUAGUUAAUCUGAGUAGUAGUUCUUAGCUUAGACUGUCAGAACUAACUGGUUUGGGUAUGCUUGUGCUGGCUUGGACCAACUAAUGGUUGCGGUUUGGCUUUCGAACCUGCAUUUACUAUCUUAGAUUAGUCUAAGUGGUACAAUUCUUAGCUUAGCUGGGUCCUCUUAGCCUAGCUGGGUCCUCUUAGCCUAACUCAUAGGUUAGGUGGUUCCGGCAUACAUGUCAGCUUAGCCGAAUAGUGGGUUGAUGACUUGACAUGAUCUGGUUGCUUGAACAUGACCGUACUAUUUUAGGUUGGGUGAAUUAGUAAGGUUAUAAGUAUAGCCGAGCAUAGACUAGUGCCUAGGCUACCCAUUCGAAACACUUUUACCACCUCAGCCUAGAAGGUUGUGGUUGUAGCCUAGCGUGGAUAGCCCAAACUUUCUUGAACGGCUUUACCCUAACCUAAGUAAUUUAGUUUCUAGAUUAAGCUAGUCUAUACUAGCCUAGCCUAGUUAAGUGUACAUCUCGGAUGGACUUAAUCUACCCUAAGCGAUGGAGGAGUUAGCCUAGCCUAAUUGGAAGUGUUAACAUAGCCUAACCUAACCAAACCAGGGUCCUAGCCUAAUUGGAAGGGUUAACAUAGCCUAACCUAACCAAGCCAGGGUCAACCUGGUCUUGCCAACUUAAAAUAAGAUAGUCAAUUCUUAAUUGACUAUACCUACUUAGACUAGUCCAAGUGGUUGUUGGCUGGGUUAACCUGGAAUCUGCAAAUGGGUCUCUUCCAUACUGGUCUAGUUAGCUUAUAUAUUGAAGUCAUGAACCUAACAUAGAGGGUUCGAGCUUCAGUUGGCUAGAGCAAGGCAUUAGUACCUCAUCAUAUCUGGAAGGGGAAAGUGGGGAGUGUCCCAUUCUUCAAAAAGUGAGGUAGGGUGAAGUGACGUUGGGUACAAUUCUGGGCUAGGUUACUUGAGAAUACCACCAUGAUGGUUCCUGGCAAAAUAGGAUUUCCCUUUGGAGGGUAGUAUAUUGAACAUAUGCCCGUAUAUUGUAACAGGUCACCGCAUAAGAUGUUUUGUGUUUGGGAUCUUAGUUUUUACAAAAACACUGAGCUGUUUAAUAGCUCUCCUAGGGCUGAGGGCUGGCCUGAAGGAUUGGAUAUUUUCAUACAUUCAACUUACCUGUCAGAUAUAUACAUAGCUAUCGACUCCGUCGUCCCCGACAGAAAUUCAAAUUUCGCGGCACUCGCUGCAGGUAGGUCAGGUGAUCUACUGCCCUGCUCUGGGUGGCAGGACUAGGAACCAUUCCCGUUUUCUAAUCAGAUUAUCUCUGUUGCCGGUAGUAUCAACAUUGUUGUUACUUCCUCCUGACUGGAAUUCUUUUUUCACAACGCUUUUGAUCAUCUUUCGACUGAUUUUUGGUGACGUACUUGGAUCGUUGUUUGGCAUUCGCUAUCGUGGACUGUUUUUUGGACUUCGCUUUGGAUUUUCGUGAAUAUGUCUGAUUCUAGUGUUAGCUUCAGAGUGUGUGUGAAUGAGGGCUGUAAGGUGAGGAUUCCGAAAGCUUCGGUAGAUCCUCACACUACAUGCAGUGGUUGUAGAAGGGUUGAAUGCUCAAUUGAGAAUACGUGUAACGAGUGUGAGAGAUUAAGUGCGCAAGAAUGGAAGAAUCUGACUUCUUACUUGAAGAAGUUAGAGAAAGAUAGAGAGAGGAAGGCGGCUUACAAAAGCCGGAAAUUGUCUAAUAGUUCUGUAGCUUCUUUUUCUUCUCAUAAUUAUGCCCAUUCUAUUUCAGCCCGUUCACAAGUUAAUCCCUCUAAUUCCGCCUCAGAAAUGGCGGAACUCAGAGCUUCCCUUCAAAAAAUGCAAGAAAAAAUGGAAGCAUUGGAAGGUAAGAGAAGUGAAUGUGGUUUCUCGAGUGAUGUUAGUGUCCCCAGUGUAGUGGAGGGGGCGUCUGGUCGUCUCUGCGACGCUUCCAGGUCUAGACCUCUUCCAAGCUCCCUGGCCCAGAGGAGAAGGAAAGUCGAAAGCCUUACGGGGGUCGUGGAGAAUCCCCAACGAUCAGGCGUCCCUUCGGCAGAAUCUUAUACAUCUCAGACUGCCAGGGACAGCUAUAGGAAAAGCGUCCUUCGUGAGUGCUUUUCAUCAUCUAGUUCGCCUUCUCCGAGAAGAGGAUGGAAGGAAUGGAAGCUUUCACGUCCGCUGAAAAGGAAUUGGAAAGAACCUGAGCUCAAUUCUAGCCCCAAGCGCUUCUCUGAAGAAGAUGCGCCUUCGGUAAUCAAGAAAGCUAGAAAGGAGUUAGAUCCUUGGAAUGUAAAAGACUCUCGAGCGCCUUCCAGAUCUCCUUCUCCUGAUUCGAAUGAGCCUUCGACCAGGAAAAUUUUGAUGAAUGUGCAGGAGCAAUUAGCGUCUUUGGUAGGAGUACUUUCUAAAGAGCCUACUCGUAAAAAGGAUGACAGGCUUCUGAUUAAGAGAUCCAAAUACCGAUCUCCUGUCGGGCGCGACGAACCCUCCAGGGGAGUUGUCGCACAAGCGGCCAUCUCUGGGGGGAGCGGUGUGUUAGGCAGGCGAGACGUGGGAAAGGAAGUAACUCCUGCCAAGUGUCUGGCGCCAACUAGGAGCCAGGCGCCAAGUAGGCGCAAAGAGCCUGACUUUACUGUAGAUCGUUCUAGGCCCAGAUCUUCAUCCAAGCAACAAGAGCCAACUGGAGAAGAGAUAACUCCUGAUAGGAGUAAAGCGCCCGCUAAGCGCAAUAUACUUGCCAUUCGAAAGGCGCAUUCCAUGAGCGAUACUCCUACCAAGCCACAGGAGUAUUCGGAACUAGAUGCGCCUUCCAUAGGUCAGGAGUAUUCGGGAAGAGAUACUCCUUCCAGGCGCCUUGAGUACUGUGACCUUGAUACUCCUCCCAGGCGCCAGGAGUAUUCUAAACUUUUUACUCCUACCAGGCGCCAGGAGUAUUUGAAGCGCGAUGUGCCUACCAAGUGCCAGGAGUAUUUUGAGCUUAAUACUCCUAACAGGCGCCAGGAGUAUUUGGAGCGAGAUGCGCCUACCAGACGGCAGGAGUAUUCGAAGAGUGUUACGACUGUCAGGCACCAGGAGUAUUCCAAACAGGAUACUCCUACCAGGCUCCAGGAGUAUUCUCAGCAAGAUACUCCUGCUAAACGCCAGGCGCAUUCUCCUCAUGAAGAACUUGAUAUCCGACAGGAGUCCAACAGGCGUAAAACAGUUAUACGUGACUCGCCUAAUGAUAAACGUAAGGAGAGAGUUACUCCUAGCCCCUCUCCUAAUAGAAGUGCUUCUUCUUCGGAAAGGAAGAAAUCAAGAGAGGAGACAGAGGAGGGAAGGGAGCCUUCUCCUUCCAAGCCUAUUAAUUUAGAUGACGUCUCGGAGGACGAAGUUACUAACAGAGAAGGGCUUUCGAAUUACAAAGUUCUUUCUGCUCUUCUCUUAGAAGAAUAUGGAGAUGCAUUGACUCCAGCCGCUCCUCCUUCUCCGCGCUCUCUAUUUUCAAGUACGAAGGCGCACAAGUCUUCAUCUUUCCUGAAAAUGAAGCCGGCCAUAUCCAUGAAAAGGGCCUUACAAUCUCUUGACUCCUGGAUCAAGAUAAAGAAGGAGUUAGGAAGGACGAUCUUUUGCAUGCCUCCCGCUAAACUAAGGGGUAGGAGAGGCAUAUGGUACGAAACGGGAGAAAAUAUGGGAUUGUCUCUGCCCGUUUCAGCUGAAUCGGACUUCUCCAGUCUCGUAGACUCGUCGAGAGACAUGCCUUAAAUUCAGCGAAAGCAACAUGGGGCCUUUCGGAAAUGGACCAUCUCCUCAAGGGACUUUUUCAUACCUUAGAAGUAUUUAACUUCCUAGAUUGGUCCCUUGGGGUUAUUGCUAAGAAGUCCAUGAAAAGAACAACUAAGCCCUGAAACCUUACAUAGCAUCCUUACAUGCAUCGAUAAGGCGGUUCAAGAUGGAUCAGCGGAAGUGUGCUCCCUCUUCGGUGCGGGAAUACUAAAGAAGAGAGCGGUUCAUAGUGCCUUUCUCACUAAGGCCGUCUCGCCUUCGCAGAGAUCCGCUUUGCUGUAUGCGCCCCUCUCUGAACAUUUAUUUCCUUCUCAGUUGGUGAGAGACAUUGCCCAUUCGCUAACUGAGAAAGCCACUCAAGAUCUUUUAAGGCAAUCCUCAAGGAAAAAUAGACCUGUGGCCAGUGAGGAAAAGAAAGCCUCUAGGCCAGCUCAACAACAGCAGCCCUUUCGAGGAGGCCCUCAGGCUAGAUCCAUCGUCAGAAGAAAGUCAACGGAAAAAAGUGGAAGAUCUGCCUUCCGUCCCUUUAAGAAGGGAAAAUGAGAAAUCUUUCCUCCAGACACCUGUAGGAGCCAGGUUACAGUUCUUUGCGGGAGCAUGGGAAGACAUAGGAUCCGAUCCUUGGUCAAUGUCAAUAAUCAAGAAGGGUUAUUAUAUCCCAUUCAAGGACAGGCCCCCCUUGACAACAUCACCGAGGGAACUGUCAGCCAGAUACAGGGACCCUGUUCUGAUGGAUACUCUUCGUCAAAUGGUGGAACAGAUGUGGGACAAAAGAGCAAUAGAGCUGGUACUGGAUCAAAGCUCCCCGGGGUUUUACAAUCGCUUGUUUCUCGUAGCGAAAGCCUCGGGGGGAUGGAGACCGGUACUGGAUGUAAGUUCGCUGAACAAAUUCGUACAACAACAGAAGUUCAGCAUGGAAACGUCUGCCUCAAUACUUGCAGCUCUCCGUCAAGGAGAUUGGAUGGCGUCCCUAGAUCUUCAAGACGCAUAUUUCCACGUCCCGAUUCACCAUUCGUCGAGGAAGUACCUUCGUUUCAUGUUCGAGGGAAGGAUCUAUCAGUUCAGGGCCCUGUGUUUCGGCCUUUCUACGGCUCCCCAAGUCUUUACAGACUUGAUGAAAAACGUGUCAAAACACCUUCACAUGAAAGGGAUAAACGUCUCCCUAUACCUGGACGACUGGCUCAUCAGGGCCAGGUCUCAAAAGCAGUGUCUGGAGGACCUGUCAACAAUCCUGGAAUUGACAAAGACAUUAGGAUUAAUCGUGAACCUCGAGAAAUCUCAGAUGGUCCCCAGCCAGAACGUAGUCUAUCUGGGGAUUCAGAUGGAUUCUCGGGGUUUUCGAGUAUUUCCUUCUCAAGAGAGAGUAAGGAAAGGCUGUGCCACAGUAUUGAACUUCUUAGAGAAAGAGCGUACUUCAGUGAGGGAAUGGUUGAGCCUUCUGGGGACCCUUUCCUCGCUCGAACAGUUCUUUCCUCUAGGAAGACUACAUCUCCGUCCGCUUCAGUUCUUCCUGAGAAGCAGUUGGAGUUGGAAGACAGGACAGCUCUUGGACACGUUUCCAAUCUCAUUAGAAGUAUAGCAACAAUUAGGGUGGUGGUUGACCCCCUUAGAAGAAAACAAAGGAGUAUCCUUAGAAGUACGGAACCCAAACCUGACAUUGUUCUCAGACGCGUUGGAGACAGGUUGGGGUGCGACUUUAGGGUCCAAAGAAGUGUCAGGCACCUGGUCGGAAGAGCAGGUGUCAUGGCACAUAAAUUGCAAGGAGCUCUUUGCGAUUCACCUCGCGCUAAGGAGCUUCGAGCAGAUAGUCAGAGACAAAGUAAUACAGAUAAACUCCGACAAUACGACCGCUCUGGCUUAUGUCAAGAAACAAGGAGGAACUCACUCUCUCGCCCUAUACGAACUGGCAAGAGAUCUGCUGAUUUGGGCAAAUCAAAGGAAUGUGAUUCUUCUAACGAGAUUUGUUCAAGGGGAGAGGAACGUGAGAGCGGACAGACUGAGCAGGAGGUUCCAGGUCCUUCCUACAGAAUGGACCCUCCACUCGGAAGUCUGUCAGACCCUUUGGUAUCUUUGGGGGAAACCGCAGAUAGAUCUAUUCGCCACGUUUCUCUCUAAAAGAAUAGAUACAUUUUGCGCCCUGGUGGAAGAUCCCAGGGCGUAUGCAAUAGACGCCUUUCUCCUGGACUGGUCAGGACUAGACGUGUACGCUUUUCCCCCAUUCAAGAUUCUGGGAGAAGUAGUCAGAAAGUUUGUGGCCUCGAAGGGAACCAGAAUGACUCUGAUAGCCCCAUAUUGGCCAUCCCGAAUUUGGUUCAUGGAGGUGAUGGAGUGGACAGUGCACUUCCCCAGAUCUCUUCCAAACAGGAUAGAUCUGCUCAAACAACCCCACUUCGAGAGGUACCAUCAAAAUCUACCCGCUCUUGCUCUGACUGCCUUUCGACUAUCGAAAGACUUGUCAGAGCGAGAGGGUUUUCUCGCAAGGCGGCAAGCGCAAUUGCUAGAGCCCGCAGAUCAUCUACUAGGCGAGUGUACCAAUCGAAGUGGGAAGUUUUCAGAAACUGGUGCAGGUCGAAGAAGCUGUCCUCUUCCAAUACCUCUGUAACCGAAAUUGCGGAUUUCCUUCUUUUCCUGAGGGAAAAGUCACAUCUCUCUGUACCAACAAUUAAAGGAUACAGAAGUAUGCUUUCGUCAGUCUUUAGAAACAGGGGCUUAGAUUUGACGAAUAAUAAAAAUUUGCACGAUCUCAUCCGCUCCUUUGAAACGUCGAAGUCAGUAGAACCUAGGAUUCCGAGUUGGAACUUAGAUGUGGUUCUGAAAUUUCUGUCCUCGGAAAAGUUCGAACCACCUCAUACGGCUUCAUUCCGGGAUAUCACUAGAAAGUGUAUAUUUCUGCUAUCUCUGGCUACGGCUAAAAGGGUCAGUGAGUUGCACGCCCUUGAGUCACGAGUUGGCUUCAAAGAAGAUUCUGCGAUUUGUUCAUUCCAGACUCUUUUUCUUGCCAAAAACGAAAACCCUUCGAAUCCCUGGCCUAGGAGUUUCGAGGUGAAAGGACUUACUAGCCUAGUAGGCAGAGAAAUAGAAAGAUCACUUUGUCCAGUUAGAGCACUGAAAUUCUAUCUGGACAGAAAGAAGCAGUUGGGAGGCUCACAACAUGGUCUAUGGUGCUCGGUGAAAGACCCCAAGAGACCUAUGUCUAAAAAUGCUUUGGCCUUCUUUGUUAGAAGUGUAAUUACCGAGGCUCAUAAGAACUGCCCAGGUGACUCUUUUAAUCUAUUAAGAGUAAGAGCUCAUGAGGUAAGGGCAAUCGCGACAUCAAUUGCGUUCCAGAGAAAUAUGUCACUUAAAAAUAUUUUGGACGCAACCUAUUGGAGAUGCAACUCAGUAUUUGCAUCUCAUUAUUUAAAAGACGUGCGAGUAACGUAUGAGAAAUUUUUUUCUCUAGGUCCGUUUGUGUCAGCACAGACGGUUCUGGGUAAAGGAGAGAGCACCGAUCCUUAAAUAUAUGUACGUAACCCUCUUGUCAGAUGUGUUCUUGUGUUUCCUGUGCAUGGGAGUGUCAGAUGUCGCACUGGCGGCCUUCACUUCUCUUCAUUAGGAAAUCGAGUGACAGCUGACUAUUAGAAGGGUACAAAAUUUUUGUUUGAUUUUGUAUGUAUGAUUUUCGAGUUUGUGGUUGUUUGCUAAGAGUUUGGGGAUGACUCUUAACAAUCUUAGAACUAACACGGGUUAGGAUCGGGUGAUCGGGAUCGGUUGUGUGCUCCUUAAAGAAGGCGUGUUGUCAUAUAAGCGGAUUAGCACCCCUUGACAAAUGCCAGUUAGGCUCUGUCGAGUAAGUGGAUAAGACCCCAUCGACAGACCAGCAAGAACUCUUGGCCACAGAUCACUAUCUCGCUAAGGCUCUUGAGGUGAAGCAGACUCCUGGGCAGUAGCCACGAAGUCUUCCAUCUAAUAAGGUAGGAACCAAGGUCUGUUUAUACAUACAACAUAUGUUGUUUACCUGUCUAGUCAGUAAGUUAGCUGUCUCUUGCCCUCCACCAAAGGGUGUCAAUCAGCUAUGUAUAUAUCUGACAGGUAAGUUGAAUGUAUGAAAAUGAUAUUGUUAUGAUACAAUAAAGUUUCAUACAUACUUACCUGGCAGAUAUAUACGAUUGAAGACCCACCCAGCCUCCCCGCAGGAGACAGGUGGAAGAGAAAAUCUGAUUAGAAAACGGGAAUGGUUCCUAGUCCUGCCACCCAGAGCAGGGCGGUAGAUCACCUGACCUACCUGUAGCGAGUGCCGCGAAAUUUGAAUUUCUGUCGGGGACGACGGAGUCGAUAGCUAUGUAUAUAUCUGCCAGGUAAGUAUGUAUGAAACUUUAUUGUAUCAUAACAAUAUCAUUUUUUACGUGGCUAGGAACCAAUUGAUCACCUAGCAACGGGACCUGCAGCUUAUUGUGGGAUCCGAACCGCACUAUAUCGAUAAAUUAUUUUCUAUCACCAAAAAUAAGUUCUCUGAUUCCGCGUUGGCCGAGAUGGGAGUAGGACCUCGGACCACUGGCUUGGCAGAUGAGUGCACAAACCACUCAUCCAGAGAGGAACUCGUAUAAUGGAAAAACCAUGUAAUAGCUGUCUCGGGUUUCACCCUUCGAGGAGCCUGAGGAUUCCAUUUGCGAUACUGGGAACAACCUGAAGGUUACGCAAACUCUAGGUUCUACCUGUUCCACCAUGUCCCGGACAGAAGGAUGGGUUCCAGUAAUUAAGGAGGACUCAGGAUGAGUGACUGAUAAAGUUUAUCGUAGCACAAUCGUCGCUACCAGGUUCGUGUGGGGAAGAGGCGCCACCGAUAGGUAGAAUUAAUAUCUCAAGGUCUGGAGGUUGACCAGUAUCCCCUUUCAAACUAAUAGUUCUCAGUUUUUGGGUGUAGAGUGUCACCUCGGACGUAACACGACUCCAAAGGUCGUUAGCUCACACACAGAAUGACUCUUUGGCCGUGACUGCCUGUAUAGUGGACGUUUCUGUCCAUUAAAGGCAUUCGGUCAGUAGACAAUGAUCUGGAGAGGUCAGAACAGAGGGAAGAAUCUCUGUAAUUACAUGUUUACAUGCAUGGUGAUAUACAUUGGGCGUGUGAAUAUCGCUUCACACUGACUAAUCUUCUGAUGAAUCAGGAGCAGUAAACUGGAUGGGGCACAUAAGAACUCCGAUCUGAUAAGUGAAAACAUACUCUGUAUCAGAGUAGCCUUGACGGACUAGCACCAGGCACAUACAUCAGUCACAUUGCAGGAAACUGACCGUGGAUGGGGGGUCUUCCUCUGACCUUGGUAGAGUGGGAGUACUCAAUAACCAGGGUUUUGACGUAGACUCAAAAGUAGUUUGGAACAUCAGUUCCAAUUGGCUCCGGAAUCCGGGAUAAUGAGUCAAUGCAGCACAGGUCAUGAUGACAGAUACAUUUCUUAGUCAUGCUCAGUACGGUGUGAGUAUGUGUGAGGGACCUUCAGCAGGGCCGGCUUUGACUUGUCAAAGUACUCUGUGGUUAAGAAAGAACUACGUCACCUAGAACAUUAAGGCGGUAGACGUAAAGGAACAGGCCAAACAGAGGCGAUCGGUCAAGCCUACUGCUUGUUUGUCAAGCUGUACCAAUGAGGUUAUACAGAAGAGAAGGUCAUCAGAGGAAUAUGUGCCUUCUGGCAUUUAAGAACAUAUCUGUUAAAAUGAUCGUGACGGUUGGUUUGUGACUGUAUCGAAGCUCAACAUUGAGCAAUUUUAAGGAGGUGUCUGUGUUCAAUUUCCUGUAUAUAUAUAUAUAUAAGGUUUCCCAGAGGUCCUUGGACUCAAUUUCCUUGGGUCCUUUGGUGGCUGCUCAACAAAAGGUGUAACUCAUCCAGUACCCCUGGCAGGUCAGUUGGUAUCUUGUCUACGAUGAUGGUAUGAAUGUGAAAUGGAGGAGUUAACUGGCCUCUUUCCUUUUCAAAUUUCUGUCUCCUUUACUUAGGGCAGUAAGAAGAGAGUACCAUCAUAAGCUGGAAUGGACAAGGUUCAGGUGAGUGAAGUGGCCAUACUGUUAGGGUUUGUAUCAGUAAGAUACCUAUCAGUAGCAGGACAUUCCUCUCUUUAGCAAGGGGGAGAGGAAUGAUAACAAACCUACAUGACUGGAUGAAUUGGUUUGUUAGGGGAACAGAUCUUCUCUAUCUUCCUCGGACGCAGUGAACUAUGACAUUGUGUAAAAACCUAGAAGUCUGACUAUGAUAUUCGUAUAUGUCUUAGAUUCGGAAAUACUGGUCAGUUGUUUCAAGAAUUCUGGUAUUCAGAAAACUGAUCAAAGGUGGCAAACUCCCAGUUGGUUAAUAGUACUUACCUACCACCAAGAGUAAGUCUAUCCUAAUGUUAAGACCGAAGGUUUGUUUCGUAUAUGAACAAAUGACAAAUUUGUAACUAAUUUGUAUUUUUCAUAACUUACAAACCUUAGGUCUUAAAAUACAAAGGCCCACCUCUAACCACCCCACUGUCAACUAACCUGAGUUGGAAGAAUAACUAACGGGGUCACGAGUUAAUGAGGGUUAUGUGGGUGGCCCCACAUGUCUCGUGACCAAGCACAGAUGCCAAUAGUCCCUUGCGUACACAAUUAUUUUAAGCUUUAUCGGUUUCCAGCUGGCGCUGAGUAUUUAUCCUAAUGUUAAGACCUCAGGUUUGUAAGUUAUGAAAAAUACAAAUUAGUUACAAAUUUGUCAUUUUUCGGAGCGUGAAAGUUUUUUUUAGAGGGCUGUCACGUCCUUAUUUUUUACGCUAUGUUCUAGUCUGUUUUUUUUUGGUAAUAGAUUGAACUUUGUCAUACUGUCAUCAAAAGUCUAAAAAGAUGUCUGGAAAUGUCAUUGCGGAUCAGGUAAAUGUAGCCGAACACGAAAAAUUUGUUGUCUUACAAAAAGAUCUCUAGCACCAAGGUUACAACACUUACAGUUUUCAUAUUUCAUUCAUCGUAUUCUACAACUCUUUAGCUAUACAAGGAAUAUAUAACUUUAUUUCUAAGCCCUUGGAAAUGUAUGCAAACUGUCGAAGAAACACACUUACUAGAAGUCAUAUUUUUACUUAGUAGGUGAGCGAAAAUUUCGCAUAGCACAAGAUUUAUUUUUAAGACUGCUGUAGCUUCCACACUUUUUACGCUAUAUCAGUCAUUCUGGUCUUGUUUUGUUGGUAAAAGAAUGGAUUUUCUCACAUUGUCAUCAAAAAUGUAAAAAGAUGCCACAAAAAAUUUUGUUAUGUCUUACAAAAAGAGCUUUAGCAUCAAAACUAUUACACUUACAGUUUUCAUAUAUUUUUCAUCGUACUCUACAAUCCUUUAGCUAUACAAGGAUAUAUAUAACCUUAUCUCUAAGCCCUUGGAAACGUAUGCAAACCGUUGAAGAAACACACCUAGAAGAAGUCAUUUUUACUUAGUGAGCAAAAAUUAUGCAUAGCAAAAGAUUUUUUUUAGACGGCUGUAGCUUCCACCUCGCUAUCACUUUCAUCCCUAUCAUCUUCAGUUAUGGUGUCACAAACUGCUUGUAAUUUAUGAGGGCUAAGAUUCUUUAUCCAUGAGUAUUUAUUUAAUAAACUUUGAAACAAAGUUGGUGUCUUUUGUGUUUGUUUUUGGGCGAGAGGGGGUAACAUGGCGUGAGGUUCUGGGUGAUGGAAAGUUCAAACUACGCACAACUUUGCCCUUUGGAAUCUUUUCCAAGACUCCUUUUGGCAUUUUGAAAUGACUGAAAUGAACAAUUUUCAUUAACAAAUUCUGAAAAUUUCAGCAAAAUCGAUAAACAAAUAACAGCGCUAGAAGCGCGAAUGUACCAAGAUAUCGCAGGGCAACACGGUGAUUUCGAAGUGUAAAAAGUAAUUGUGGGAAAGAUUGUUUGUGGGGGAAGGCUGGCGGCCACUCAGCAAGCGUGGCAAGGCUUUGUUUAUGUUCUACCGGUGAGGGAACUUCGAGGUGCUAAUUAGUGAUUUAUGGCAAAUUUUUAUUCAACUUAUAUGUCUGCGGAUGUUCGUCCCAUGGCAGUGAAGGGUGAGAUUUUUGUGGACUUAUGGUACGUCCUUUGGUGGUGAAAGGGUUAAGAAGACAUUGUCUAAGAACAGUAAAAUAGUAUUUGUGUUGUGGUCUUCCUUGGAAACUGUUGUUACUUCAAUAACCCUGCCCAUUCAAUGGUCAGGAUUAACCCUAAACAUAAAUUCUGUUUCUGGUUGACCAUCAUCGCCAAAUAUUGUUAAACCUCACCUGCUUCAGCGACUCAUGUAUUACUGCAUCCCAAAUGUUGUAGUGCCAGAGACUCAUCUGCCUUUCCUGCAGAGCCCAAACUUCUGUCAGUUCGUGUUCUCAGAUGCUAGUUCUGUUCCAGUCCCCAUCUUGAACAGUUUCAAGAUACACCAAGUGCUCUAACAUCAUCCACAGUACAUGUCAGUACGCCAAGCUCGGCACAGUCUUCCACAGUCCUGUCAUCAGGGUCAUCCAUAGCACUUGUAGAUACACCAAGCUCUACUAACUACCACAUUCCUACCAUCAUCAUGCUCAUGCAGAUGGAUUAUUUGUCACCUUCAACUUUUGGCCGUCAAAACUACUACUGACCACCCUCUACUGGCAGAAGUGGUCACCUCAUUGUGCACCUAAAUAUAGAGUUGCACUACUUACAGCAGAAGGCUCCCACAUGUUUGGAGUAAUGUCUAAAAAGUAAAACCAAGUAAUAAAUAGGCAGCUUCAGAAACUCUUAGAGAAUGAGCUAAUGAAGGUAAAAAAGAAAUAUCCAAAGAACAGGUCAGUGGUGAAGAAUGCGGAGGUCCUAGUUGUCCACCACGUCCUUCCACAAAAGGUGA